CAUUUGAAGUCGUCGCCUGAGAAUAGAACAAGCUUAAUCUCUCGAGCCCACAGCUGCCCACCACCUACUUCUAGGGACUCAAGCGGCGCUAUUUCGUGCAUCCUCUAUCGCCAACACAGCCUGCCAAAAGAAAAUUAGGCGGGUUUAGGUUACACAAGGAGUAGCACCAACGGACGCUGAAAUGAAGAUGCAGAGAAUGUUCGCGUCGACGCUGGCAUCGCUGCUUGCCAGCAUGUGCGCCGUGUGCUGCCAGUCCGCCCUCCCAGCAGGAGUAGACAAUCCGGAGGAGCUCACCUACUACAAUCACGAACAGAUGACAGCCUUCCUGAAGAAAAUCAGCGAACGCUACCCGGAUUUCACCAAGCUCUACACUAUUGGAAAGUCUGUCGAAGGACGUGACCUGUGGGUCCUGCUGGUGACCAAGGAUCCCCACAAGGAGCCGCUGCUCAAGCCGAAUGUCAAGUAUGUUGCCAACAUGCAUGGUGACGAGACGUUGGGCCGCCAGCUCAUGGUGUACCUGAUCUCGCACCUGCUGACUCAGUACAACGUGGACCCGUACGUGCGCAGCCUGGUGGACGACACGCGUAUUCACAUCAUGCCCAGCAUGAACCCCGAUGGCUACGAGAUCGCCCGGGAGGGCCACUGCCAUGGCACACCGCGAGCACGGUACAACGCUCGUGGCGUGGACCUGAACCGGAACUUCCCGACCCGCUAUAACACGCAGAUGGAGGAAGAGCAGCCGGAGACCACGGCCGUUCGACGUUGGUCGCGCGAGAUCCCCUUCGUGCUCGCCGCCAACCUUCACGGUGGCUCGCUCCUUGUUAACUACCCUUUCGACUACGCCAGUCCCAAUGCGUUUCUUGAGGAUCACCAGCCAUCCCUGACGCCCGACGACGACGUGUUCCGGCACAUCUCCGGCGUCUACUCGUUCAACCACGCCAACAUGCACCUAGGCGUAGCAUGUUCCCCAGACGGAAAGGAAGGGGUCGUUCCCAAUGGCACAACGAACGGUGCUGCCUGGUACGCCUUCUCAGGUGCUAUGGGGGACUACAACUACAUGUAUGAAGGCUGCAUGGACGCGACGCUGGAGGUGUCCUGCUGCAAGUUCCCACACCGCCGUGAACUCGCCCGCUUCUGGGAGGAGAACAGGCAAUCCCUGCUCGCUUACUUGGGUGAAGUUCACAAAGGAGUACGGGGCAUCGUCCAGGAUGACCAAGGUACACCCGUCGCCAACGCGUCUCUACGGAUCUCUAACCGCAGACAUAACUUCAAGACAUCGGCCAGAGGCGAAUACUGGAGGAUACUCAGGCCCGGCCGCUACACACUUGAGGUCUCUGCACCUGGUCUGCAGAAGGUUGAGGAGGACUUCACCGUGCUUGAGGAGCAAGUGACAGUUCUCAACGUUACCCUGAAGUCACUAGACGGGCAAGCAGGGAAGACUCAGCAAUCACAGCGUGACCCACAGCGGAACAAGUCUAUAGGUUAA